AUCAUCUUUCAAUCGACAACUUCAAACAAACAAAAUCAAACACUUCACUUACUAUUAUUAGUUCCCCAAACCAUCACAAAAAUGGCUCCAAGCUUAAACAAAGCUUCAUCUGUAACGAAGCACGUGAACGGCUUCAACCCUUCCCCAUUCACCAUAGUUGACUCAAACCUAGAAGUCAACGGCCAAGUUAUCCUCUCGGAAGUUCCCGAGAACAUAACCAUAACUCCAUGCACCUACACCAACACCAGCGGUUGCUUCCUCGGCUUCCACGAACGCACUUCACAAAGCCGCCACGUGGCAGCCUUAGGCAAACUGAAAAACAUAAACUUUAUGUCCAUUUUCCGGUUCAAGGUUUGGUGGACCACUCUCUGGACCGGUUCAAACGGCCGCGACCUCGAAACCGAAACCCAAUUCCUCAUGCUCCAGUCAAGCCCAACCCAAACACGCCCCUACGUGGUUUUCAUCCCCAUCAUCGAAGGCCCAUUCCGCGCGUCGUUGCAGCCGGGCCCAAACGACAACGUGGAGGUGUGCGUGGAGAGCGGGUCGAGCCACGUCGUUGGAUCCUCAUACGACAGCGUCGUUUACAUCCACGCAGGAGAAGAUCCGUUUAGUUUAGUAAAAGAAGCGAUGAGGGUUGUGAGGGCCCACUUAGGAACCUUCAACCUUCUAGAAGAAAAAACCGCUCCGGGAAUCGUGGACAAGUUCGGUUGGUGUACGUGGGACGCGUUUUACUUAACGGUGCACCCCGACGGCGUUAAGGAGGGUGUGAAGGGGUUAGUUGACGGCGGUUGUCCUCCGGGGUUAGUUUUGAUCGACGACGGGUGGCAGUCUAUCAGCCACGAUGCGGAUCCGGUGGAGAAAGAAGGGAUGAACCACACGAUUGCGGGGGAGCAAAUGCCGUGUAGGUUAGUGAGAUACGAAGAGAAUAAGAAAUUUAGGGAUUUUGUGAAUUGGAAAGGGGAAAAGGGGAUGAAAGGGUUUGUGAGAGAAUUGAAAGAGGGGUUCGAGACAGUGGAGUAUGUGUACGUGUGGCAUGCUUUGUGUGGGUAUUGGGGAGGGGUGAGGCCUGGGGUUAAGGGGAUGGCUGAAUCGGUGGUGGAGAUGCCCAAGUUGUCUAAGGGUUUGGAAGGGACGAUGGAGGAUUUGGCUGUGGAUAAGAUCGUCAAUAAUGGGGUUGGGUUGGUUCCGCCGGAGAUGGUGGAACACAUGUAUGAAGGCAUUCAUAAGCAUUUGGAGGAUGCUGGUAUUGAUGGGGUUAAGGUUGACGUCAUCCACUUGCUAGAACUGGUGUGUGAGAAAUAUGGGGGCCGAGUGGAUUUGGCCAAAGCAUAUUACAAGGCUCUCACGGCUUCAGUGAGAAAACACUUCAAGGGCAACGGUGUCAUUGCCAGCAUGGAGCAUUGCAACGAUUUCAUGUUGCUGGGAACUGAAGCUAUAUCCCUUGGUCGUGUUGGUGAUGAUUUCUGGUGCACUGACCCUUAUGGUGAUCCAAAUGGUACAUUUUGGCUACAAGGGUGUCACAUGGUGCAUUGUGCAUACAACAGCUUGUGGAUGGGCAACUUCAUCCACCCAGAUUGGGACAUGUUUCAGUCAACACACCCUUGUGCUGCUUUCCAUGCAGCCUCUCGAGCCAUAUCUGGUGGCCCCAUUUACAUCAGUGACACUGUUGGGAACCACAACUUUGAGCUGCUCAAGACCCUGGUCUUACCUGAUGGCUCCAUCCUCAGAUGUGAGCACUAUGCACUCCCAACCCGGGACUGCCUCUUUUCUGACCCUCUCCAUGAUGGCAAAACAAUGCUCAAAAUAUGGAACCUUAACAAGUACACUGGAGUUCUUGGGGUGUUUAACUGCCAAGGAGGAGGCUGGUUUCGUGAGAUCAGGUCCAACAAAUGUGCUGCUGAGUUUUCUCAUAAGGUAUCAACCAAGACCAAUCCCAAAGACAUUGAGUGGAUCAGUGGCAAGAACCCAAUUUCCAUUGAAGGAGUGCAAGUUUUUGCCAUGUAUUUCAGCCAAGCCAAGAAACUUGUCCUUUCAUCACCAUCUGACAAUGAAGAGAUUUCCUUUGAGCCAUUCAAUUUCGAGCUUAUAACAGUUUCCCCUGUGACUGUGUUGCUUGGAAAAUCCUUGCAGUUUGCUCCUAUUGGUUUGGUGAAUAUGCUAAACACUGGUGGGGCAGUGCAAUCCUUGGCUUUUGAUGAGGCUCAUGAUUUGGUUGAAGUAGGAGUAAGGGGCACUGGGGAGAUGAGGGUCUUUGCCUCAGAGAGACCAACCACUUGUAGAAUUGAUGGGAAAGAAGUUGAUUUUGAUUAUGAAGGGUCUAUGGUUGUAAUUCAAGUACCAUGGCCUGGUUCUUCAAAAUUAUCCACUGUUCAGUACGUAUUCUGAGCAGGGUUGUAACUAUUUUUUUUUUUCUUUUCUUUGUUAUAUGAUUAUUUUUUAGCUAUUGUCCAUAGUGAAUGAUGUUAAGGGGCUUAGUAUCCCUUGUUUGCAUGUUUGAUAUCUUGCUUUUGUAGUUUUCCCCUCAGUGCAGAGGGAAGUAACAAGAAUGAUCUCAUAAUUGUGUCAAGAGCAAGUGUCGUUUUUUAUCCAAUAAAUUUCUUUUUAACUGUACCUUUGUUUCUCCUUCAAUGAUUAGCGAUACUGCCAGUAUUAACCAAUUUUCACUUUGAAAACGAGUAAUCCUGGCUAAAUGGUUGAAUUUAACUUCAGAAAUUAAUUGAAUUCAAAUUGUUACAUGGAAAUAAAAAAAAUAGCUUCUGUGUUGCAAUAGGAUAUAUUUUUAUUUC